GCAAAGACCAGAAACUUUCAUGUUCUUAUGAAAAUGAAUAAAACCUCGGAAAAAAGCUUUGUCCCCCUAGACCUAGACAGCUUCAGAGAUGAGUCGAAAGCGGUGAUCGAUUUCAUUGCCGACUACUAUAAAAACAUCGAGAAAUACCCAGUUCAAAGCAUAGUCGAGCCCGGAUACUUGUCGUCCAAGUUACCUGGUUCGGCUCCGUGUACCCCCGAUUCACUAGAGGAUGUACUCAAUGAUGUGAAUGAACAUAUUUUACCAGGCCUAACCCAUUGGCAAAGCCCUAGUUUCUUUGCCUACUAUCAGGCUGGUUCUAGCACUGCUGGAUUCCUGGGAGAAAUGCUUUGCUCUGCUUUUAAUGUGGUUGGUUUCAACUGGAUUUCUUCUCCGGCUGCCACGGAACUGGAAUCGAUUGUCCUCGAUUGGAUGGGCAAAAUGCUUAAAUUGCCAUCUUCGUUUUUGUUCUCCGGAACAGGCGGCGGUGUCAUUCAUGGCACUACCUGUGAGGCUGUGGUUUGCACUUUGGCUGCUGCUCGAGACAAGGCCUUGAAAGAACUUGAUGGUAAUUGGGCGAAUAUAAACAAGUUCGUGGUUUAUGCAUCGGAUCAAACUCAUUUCACUUUCCAAAAGGCUGCGAAAUUAGUCGGCAUUCCCCCAUCGAAUUUUCGAUUCCUUCAAACAUCCUUUGCCACCGAAUUCGCAAUGUCACCUGAACUACUUCGCUCAACUAUCGACGAUGAUAUCCGAUCAGGCUUGGUGCCAUUGUUCAUAUGUGCAACCGUGGGGACAACAGCCUGCGGAGCUGUUGAUCCUAUUGCAGACUUAGGCAAAAUUGCCAAUGAAUACAAGCUGUGGCUCCACAUUGAUGCAGCUCAUGCAGGAAAUUCUUGCAUUUGCCCCGAAUUCCGGCAUUUUCUCAACGGAGUUGAACUCGCAUCGUCUCUCAGCAUGAAUCCGCACAAAUGGUUUCUCACCAACAUGGACUGCUGUUUCUUGUGGCUCAAGGAACCGCGUUUCUUAAUUGAUUCUUUGUCAUCCAAUCCGGAAUAUCUAGAAAACAAAGCAAGUAAAUCCAACGGUGUGGUGGACUACAAAGACUGGCAAGUCACAUUGAGCAGACGAUUUCGAUCACUGAAGCUCUGGAUCGUAAUCCGCCGGAUUGGCGCAGAAAACCUAAUGCAGCACAUCCGCUCCGAUGUCAGCCUGGCUAAGAAAUUCGAGGCACUCGUAAAACAAGAUGACAGGUUCGAGAUCGUGGUUCCGAGGAGGAUCGCAUUGGUUUUAUUCAGGCUUAAGCCAAAGCAGGGGCUAGACGGCAGCGAAUUAAACCGCAAACUGCUGGAUGCCAUAAACUAUAGUGGACGAGCUUUCAUGACACAAGGAGUGGUAGCUGGAGUUUACGCCAUUCGAUGCGUCGUUGGAGCAACUCUGACCGAAGAGCGUCACAUGAACGAUCUAUGGAGUCUCAUUCAAGAAAAAGCUCAACUCGUACUGUUCCAAUGCAGCCAGUAAAUUCCGGAUCUAUACUUAAU